AUGCAUGGAGAGCUUUAUCUGCUACCCAGAGUCGAGUCGUUGGCUGUGGCAGAGACGAGAUGGGAGCAAAUAUUUGGUUCACCUAAAACUCCUACCACACCGAUCAUGCCACACACUGACGAAGAUUGGUCAGAUUCGGACGAAGGCUCGCUCAAUCAGCGAGAGGACGACGGCUACACGGAUGUCCAUCUCGGCAUCCCAAGUGAUAGGAUAGAAGACGAAGGCGAUCUUCAAGAUGCCUAUGUCUCGCGCAUAGGCGGAACGCCAUCUUUCCUUGCGUAUCCUCACCCAUCUCCAAACUCUUCUAAAUGCAAGAAUUGCAAUGAGCCGGCCGAACUACUUGUACAAAUGCUUUGCAACCUGGAAGAGAGCCCGUUCGAACGGGUUCUAUAUGUUUGGGCUUGCGCUAAGCCGCCAUGUCAGCGAAAGGAUGGAGCUGUGCGAGCGUGGAGAAGUCUGCGCUACGAUGCUAAAUAUGCCAAAAGACUAGAGCGCAAGAAGCAGAAGAAGGUUUCUGAGCAGCCGGGAGAGGAUAUAAAACCUCCUCGAAGUAAUCCUUUCGCAGCAGCAACGACAGCCUCAAAUCCCUUCUCUGCAGGCGCAACCGAAGGCGGCUUUGGCUUUGGCGAUCAGAUAAUGGGAUUUGGAGGGCCAAAAUCGACAGAUGAAGACGAGGCAUCUGACGUCGAACAAGUCACAACGCAGCUUCAAAAGUCGACGCUUGGACCCAGCGUGGAUUGGUCCAAACAACCUCACUAUCUUCCAAUCUAUCUAGAGACAGAGUCGGAAUAUCUGCCACCAGCCCCCAAAACAAAGCCGGAUCAAAUCUCAAAGAAAGCUGGUCCGUCGGGAUCUGACGGAGGAGAGGCAUGGGGAAAAGAGAUAUGGGAGGAGUCUCAGAAUGUCGACGAUCUCUUUCUACGGUUCACUCAGAGAAUAGAAGCGGCGCCAAAGCAAUGCGUACGGUAUGAACUAAAUGGCCACCCGUUGUUCUAUCAAGCAGACAAGGUUCAUCGUUCACUCCAUUCGGUUACUCCAGGUACAUUGGUCCCUGUGACUGGUGCAGCAUUUGUUGCCGAAGGUGCCGCACCAAAACGCACGUACAAUCCAACCUUAUCUUCCAUGCUCCCAAAAUGCUCUAUUUGCAAGAGUAACCGUCGGUUCGAGUUUCAACUGAUGCCAAAUCUCAUCAACAUGCUGAAGACAGAAGACAAGACGAACACUGGGAUGGAGUGGGGAACUUGUCUGGUUUAUACAUGCGAGAAAGACUGUUGUACAACUGAAGAAGGGGAGGAGCUGAAGGAGUGCUGGCGCGAGGAGGUUGUUCUGGUGCAGUGGGAGGAGUGA